GCGGACAGUUCCGCGGUCCUGACGACCUUCAAGAGAAGGAAAUAAAAAUGCCGAAACAAGUGAAAGAGUGUUUGCUGCAGGGAUGCGCUGAAACUGGUCGCUCUGGACUGAUGAGAAGGGGACACAUAGGAUGAGCUAAUAAAGCAGUAGGGAGAGCAAGUGACGGAGCACUGGCGGCUUGUAGAUCACUGACAGGGGAGAGCGGUGAUAGUAACGAGUUGUGAAUGAAUAAUAGUAGCGAGUAAGUGCAGCGCAAGGGUAUCCGUGACGUGUAGUUUGCAGCUUUAGUCUGGACGUGCAGUGUGAGAAGUAGAUCGGGCUGCUGAGCUGCAGCAUUUCUAGCGAUAAAGUAGGACGAGGAGUUGGAAGGAAGGAGCUGUCGGCCGGCAGAGGAGAGGAUCGGAGGCAUCUGUGGAAAUGUGCGACUCUGCUGGGUGUUUGGCCUCCGCGCAGUGACAGCGCCUCCCCUCCUGGAGCCCGACAUGCCCGGCGCUGUAGGCUGGUCAGAGAGCGGCAAUGCUUAUUACCAGUCGCAGAAGCAAUGCAACAAGACGUCGUUUGCCUUUUACCAGGCGGUGAGGGACCUGCUGCCCGUGUGGGUGCUGGAGGACAUGCGGCUCAUGGAGGUGCUGCACUGGGAGGAGGGGGGUAAGGUGAGCAGCUACUCUCCCUCGGAAGCUCUGCUCUACGCCUUGGUGCACGAUCACCAGCCCUAUGCCCACUACUUGCUCGCCCAUUACCCGCAGGAGGCUCUGGCCAUGCCCAGUAUAAGCUUCAGCUGCUGCCAGUCCUCUGCCCCGCACCUCGCCAUGGCCAUCAGGUACGGACGGGUAGCGAUUCUCCGCACCAUCCUACACACCCUGCGGGCGGCUCCUCACAGCGGCCUGGCCGGCUACAUUAACCGCAGAGGCUGCCAUCGCGUGGAAGGCGGAAAGACGCCGUUGCACUUGGCGUGCGAACUGCACCGAACGGACUGCUUGAUCCUCCUCCUGGGACACGGCGCUUGCCCUCAUAUCGCUGACGCCAGCGGGAACACUCCCUUAGACACCCUGCUCCAAGUUAUGUGGGAAAGCCAGCGAGAGCUGCGACUCAAGCGACUCUGUCUGGACUCACUGCUGCUCUAUCUGCCCGAAGGACUGACCUUUAAACUGAAAGAGCAGCUGCGCGCCGAGCCCACAGCCUGGAAGGAACUGGUGGGACAGGACUUGUACGUGUGGCUCGCUGGCACCUCCCCGCCCUCCCUCUUUACUGUCUCUAUGCAGAGGCUGCUCAGGGCCCUCCCCACACACAGAUUCCCCGAGGCUCUGGAAGAACUCUCCCUGCCAGACUUCCUAAAACCCCAGGCCUUGAGAAAGCAGCCCUCCCCCAAAUGAACCCGUGCCAAGUGCUGCUGUGUCUGGACUCUGGCCAGAACUGUAUGGCCAUUAAAUGCAGUGUGACUUAUUGUGUAGAGCUUUUUAUAUGCAAGCCACAGGGGCCUUCUAGUGUUGCAGGGGCUGCUCUGCCCUCUAUACAUGGUGGGGGCAUGGGGAGUACAGCUAUAUGUUGCAGCUCAGGGAUGUCCAAUCUGUGGCUGUCGGGCUGUUUUGUAAAUACAGCACCCGGGGUCACUGGAGCUUGAAGUCCAACAGCAGAUGGACGGGCAAAGGUUGGACUUAGGGUCAGGGCACACGCUCAGAUUAAGGGAGAUUAGUCGCCGGCGACAAAUAUCCUCUUCUCCAUUUUCCCAAGUUGCUCCAAGUGCCAUCCCACCGGCGAUUUACAUUCUAGCCAGCGGGAAACAGUUUGGGGAGAUUAGUUGCCGGGCGACUUAUCUCCCCAAAUCUGAUCGUGUGCCUUUACCCUUAUAGUGUAGCUAAAAUAUAGGCUAAGAAUAUGAGUCUAAGAACUUCAGGGUUAACAAUAGGUUAGCAGUGAAACCUGCACUGUACCAAUCUACACGAGUCCCAGACUAUGCAACCACUUGCACAGAUAUGUAAGGUCAAACAAACUACUAUUAUAGUUCAUUUGUGAAGCACCAACAUAUUCCUCAGUGCAGUACAAUGCAUUGGUGGAAACACAAGCAAUGCACGUAAGCAACAAACAAAAGCAAAUGAAAGGGUCCUGCCAGCAAGAGCUUACAAUCCAGGGGUGUCCUUACAGGCUGUGUAAUACCAGUGUGUGUGUGUAACAAUGACAACUUAUAGGGAGCCUGGUGGGGAUCCUGAGUAACUAGCAAUUUCAAUCUUCCCAACAUUCCCUCUCAUUUGUUUUUGGUUGUUUAUGCAAUCGGGGGGCCCCAUACAUGGGCCAAUGAGCUGCCGACUUGGUCUGUCAGCAGCUUUUAUCGGCCCGUGUAUGGCCACCUUUACUUAUAAAUGGUGCUCAGUUCUCAGCCAUUACAAAAAGGAAGAUGUGUACGGGUUAUAAUAUUGAUCAAAAUGUAUUUUUGUUACAGAAAAACUUGAUAUUCACAGUAAUUACAGGGGCAAAUUUGCUCCAGGCCAAGUAGACCAUAGCAACCAAUGAAAAAGGAGUAUUUACCCGUCUGCUGUGUGACACUGAACAGCUAAUUGGUUACUGUGGAUUACUUGAUUUGGGGAAAAUAUUACACUGGUUGCACAAACAAUAGGCUUUGGGUUCUGUGAAUUUAAAAACAAAAUCUGUGUUUGACCUACUGUUAAAGGGGUAGUUCACCUUUAAAUUAACUUUUAGAAUAAUGUAGACCAUGAUAUGUUGAGACAGCUUGUACAUGAUCUUCAUUUUUUAAUCUUUAAUACGACUUAGGUUUGUGUUCAUUUGCCAGCCAGUUUGGGAUUUCAGCAGCAAUGUAGUUGUUAGGGUCCAAUUUAUCCUAGCAACCAGGCAGAAGUGGAACAUGGGAAGAUGAGGGCCCAAACAGAAAGAUAACUAAUACAAAGUAACAAUAAUCUGUUACCCCUUAUUGGAAGCUGGCAGAAGAAGAAGAAGGCCAACAAUUUAGGAUGGAACUAUAUAAAAUUAAGCCAACUGCAAUAUUGCAAAGACUAUGCUAUUCUAUAAAAUACUAAAUGGUAACUUAACGGUGAACAACCCCUUUGCAUAGAGAAUUUCAGUAAAAAUAUUAUUUACCUGCAUAGAUACCUAUCUCAGGCACCUUACCAACAAAACAUCUACAUAUCAACAACAUGUUCAAAAAAAUGUUCUUUAUUCAGUGUUAAAUAAACGUUUUGCAAAGAGGCUUCUUAAAUUCUCCAACAGAAUUGCAGAUCAAUAGACUCAAAACCUGUUACGCUCAGUGCAAACCAGCGUGUUUAAAUUGUAGUUGCAUCCACUAAAUCAGCUCAGUGACACAGCUUGCCACAGUUCAGCAGAAAUACAUUUAACAGCUUUUUUGUUUUUUUUUACUGGUGUGGGAUUUUAGGGGGCUUAUUUAUCAAGAAGUGAUCUGUCACUUUCACAUACACUCAUAAAUGGGCCCCUUUUGUCUCCUCCAGGAAUCUAUUGUUCUCAGUAAUGCUUUCUAAUGCACAAUUCUCAGCCUGCAAUGUUUGCUAUAGCAAUGUUGUUUUUAAAAAAAACAAGAGGAAAACUCAAGCCCAAAAUAAUAAUUGUCCUACAAAGUAUCCCAUUGAUUGAGAUGAUCCCAAAUACGUGAACAUUCUGUGCCUCGGUAUCUGCACUGUUAGGAAAGCAGUGGAUGUAUGGCACAUAGAGAUGGACUCGGCAUACUUCAGGGCACUUUACACAGAUGUACAUAUACAAUGAUGUCUCUGCUAGACUGACAUCUCUGCUUACCUCACUUCACUCGUACUGUAUUUGUCAAAAAAUAUUGUGUAUUUAUUUUCUGUUGCCAUUGUAGCACUGAUAAAAGUAAAUGAUACCAAUA